CACAUCCUCUAUCUGAUGCGGGACUGUCUUCCAACUGUUAAACGUUUAAUGAAAGAAGCAGCAGAAUUGAAAGAUCCAACAGAUCAUUACCAUGCGCAGCCUUUAGAGGAUAACCUUUUUGAAUGGCACUUCACAGUGAGAGGGCCCCCAGAUUCUGAUUUUGAUGGAGGAGUUUAUCAUGGACGAAUAGUACUGCCACCAGAGUAUCCCAUGAAACCACCAAGUAUUAUUCUCCUAACAGCUAAUGGACGAUUUGAAGUGGGCAAGAAAAUCUGUUUGAGCAUCUCAGGACAUCAUCCUGAAACUUGGCAGCCUUCAUGGAGUAUAAGGACAGCAUUACUAGCCAUCAUUGGGUUUAUGCCAACAAAAGGGGAAGGAGCCAUAGGUUCUCUAGAUUACACACCUGAGGAAAGAAGAGCACUUGCCAAAAAAUCACAAGAUUUCUGUUGUGAAGGCUGUGGCUCUGCCAUGAAGGAUGUCCUGUUGCCUUUAAAAUCGGGAAGUGACGCAAGCCAGGCUGACGAAGAAGCCAAGGAACUUGCAAGACAAAUCAGUUUUAAGGCAGAAGUCAGUUCAUCUGGAAAGACCAUUGCUGAAUCAGAAUUAAAUCACUCCUUUUCACUAAAUGAUUUACAAGAUACCAUACCUACAGCAUUCCAGGAUGCUAUGGCCAGCACUUCGUAUGCAGCCCAGAAUCCCUCAGCAGCAUCCUUUCAACAACCUACUCAGCCUGCAGCUAAGAAUACCUCCAUGAGCCCUCGACAGCGCCGGGCCCAGCAGCAGAGUCAAAGAAGGUCAUCCAUGUCACCAGAUGUAAUACAGGGCCAGCAGCCACGAGACAACCACAUGGAUCAUGGCGGAUCAGCUGUAUUGAUUGUCGUCCUGACUUUGGCAUUGGCAGCUCUUAUAUUCCGACGAAUAUAUAUGGCCAAUGAAUACAUAUUUGACUUUGAGUUAUAAUACUGUUUUGUGAAUUAAGAGCUGUGACUCACCUGCUUCAUUAAACAUUCUGCAUUGGGUAUAAUCUAAGAAUUGUUUACAAAGAAAUUAUUUUGUAUCUAUCUUUCAUUCCUUUUUUGAUCUUUAUAAAUUCCUUAUAAAUUUAGCUAGACAUUCAGACCAUGCCAAGCAGUGUAUCCUGCAUAGUUUAAAAGAUUGGAAUUCAGUUCCUUUUCUCGCUGUUUGAUCUGCUUCACAGGGAAAUAACUUACUAUUAUUUCUGAUGCCUCAGUUUCUUCUUUAAAUUUGCAAUACCUUUCUGUAUAGUUAUUUGAAAUUUUCAGAUAAAAGAUGUUAUUUUAAGUUCCUAUGAGUAUUAUUAAUACCAUUUAUUGAGUACUGCUCAAUAGGUAGAAUGAUAUAGGGAUAGAAGAAUUGAAAAGGGAAAAAGCAAAAUUCCAAGUAGCUUCUUUAAAGUGUCAUUCAUAGGGUAUACAUUGGGACUGACUGCCCAUUCUGUGACUUUGUGUUCUAAAUAACUUCAGUGAAAAUAACUUUAUUUUGGUCAAACAUUUCUGAGGAAAUGAAAUUACAUUUUUGUUAUUGGUCGUUACUUGAAGUACUUUGUAACCACUUUGAUAUGCUCUUAUCAUUACCCUAUCUCCAGUAUGCACACAGAUGAAAGAAAGAAGACAGUCCUUUAUGACCUUUGGAAGAAAGAGCCCAAGCCUUGAUUUUCUUCUAGAAGUUAUGGGGGAGGAUCUUAGGAUUUGAAUGUUUGCUGUGCUUUGAAGUAUCUUUUGAAACAUAUGCCUAGCUCUGUGAUCACAAUAAAUUGUAAUUAUUCCAGGAAUAUACAUAAUGUACCAUUUCAUGUAUCAUUUUAAUAGAAAAGCUCAGGGGCCCAAGAAGCAGUGAUAGAAGUUAGAAAAAUCUUUACUCAGAAUUGUCUACCUAACAAAGCCCAAGAAAGAUUUUCAGUGAAACAGAUCAAUAUCUUACUUAGUGCUAUCCAGUUCCACAUAUGCUAGUAAGAUAAUUUCAUUGUAAUGAUAUCUGUUGAGACCAUAUAAUCACAAAAAACAAUUUUCCUUGGCAUGUUUAGUUAGCAGCACUUUGGAUGUUACUAAUGAAGAUUUAAUUUUAAAAUACAAGCAGUCUCCAGCUUCCAAACAAGUUAUACUUUAGAAAUGCAUUUAUAAUUUCCUUUUACAACUCAGUGUAAAUGAAGUUUAGGUUUUAGACCAGACCAUGAAAGUUAGCCCACAUGUAUCUGGAAUAGUUUAGGGGAGGGUAUUCAUAAAGUCCUCCUGUGAUUUUAACUGAAGUUCUAGGCAAGGGAAAAAAUUCAUAAAAUUAUUUUAAAGGCAAAUUUAAUUUUUACUCUUAUGGGGAGCUUGGAUCUGUUAAGUAUCAGACAUAAUUUCUAUUUUCAUUAAAGUUUUCCAUUAUGUCUGCAUCUUUAAAAAGUACAUGUUAUUUACUGCUAUAUAAAUAAAAUUGUCUUAAAAAAACAAACAGUGGGCUGGGGAUUUAGCUCAGGGGUUCCACUG